AUGUUAUUGACACAAAUAUCAUCAAUAAAAUAUUUACUUCGUCAAGGAUUACCACUACGUGGACAUGAUGAACCAGAAAGCAAUUUAAUACAAUUAAUGAAAUUACUCAGUCAAGAUGUAAAUGCUAAAGAAUUAUCACUUAAAAUAAUUCAAGAUAUAAUUCAACAGAUUCUUGAACGACACUGGUUUGCACUCAUAUGUGAUGAAAUUGCUGAUGAAGCAAAUAAAGAACAAUUAUGUAUUAAAAUUCGUUCGGUUGAUAAGCAACAUGUAAUUCAUGAAAAUGUAAUAGAAGCAAUUGUUGAUCCAUUAACAAAAUGUGGUUUAAAUAUUAAACAAUGCCGUGGUCAAGGCCAUGAUGGGGCGGUAAAUAUGGGUGGAAUUCAUGAGGAGGUUGCUGCUAAAAUAUUACAAUCAGAAAAAAAAGCAUUUUAUAUCCGUUGUAAUGUACAUCGUUUAGAUUUAUCUAUACAAGAUUUAACAAGACAAUGUUCAACAAUGGAUACGACAAUUACAUACACAAAAGAUAUUAUUGGACUUGUUCAAUUUGAACAGCAGAUGAAUCAAUUUGAUUAUUGGCAUAUUUAUCUUAUUUGUCUGACAGUAUUAGUUGUGGCUGGGUUUCUUAUUUAUUGUUGUGUUCGGCGGAAACUGCAUGGCUUAGUUGAAAUAAAUCGUGAUGUCGUUGAUAGUAGUGCUGUAGAAAUGUCGCGACUUUUGGCCGCAGCAAGAAGCCAUUUUUGCCACGAUCGUCAAUCAGCAGAACAUCUAACAGUGCCACAAAAGAAUGAUUCAUUAGAUAAAAAAUUAACAACUUUUUUAGAAGUUUAA